CUGCUCCAUGCCAAGAUGCAUCCACAGUAUAAAUUUGGUGCAGAUAUCUCAAUGCAUUCUUCAGGUAAUGCUAUUAUGUUAAAUGGACAGACUGAUGAUAAAACGAUUACAGUACCCCUCGGCCGAGGAGUCAAAACUGUUUAUUGACUUUCUUUGAUGUAAUUUACUUUCAUCCAGACAUAUAAAGCCAUAAAGUGAAGAGAUCAUAAAACCAGGAUCAGGAUUAUAAAUCAGCUGAUAAAUGUAUUUAGUAGUUGUCAAGAUUUCUGCCACUAUUAUCUGAUAAGACAUAUUGUUUGUAUAUGUUCCUUUUCUCAAACUGUAUGUAUUUGAUACUAAACACCUUGAGUUUAUUCUAGUAUUAUUGCUGCCAGUGUGAUUUGAGUAUUAAUCAUUUUAAUCUGUAAGAAUCUAAAGUACAUCUCUAUUCUGAAGCUCUGCCAAACAGCUGAAAUACAUUCAGUUCUAAGACCCACCCAAGUAAUUAUUAACUCCCUGAGCUGGAGCAGCAGUGACCUUAGCCACACAAUUACAGUGUUUUCUCCUUUGGAAUUGGUGUUAAACAACAGACAUCUGCAGCUGCUGUGACCAUGGGCGACAACACACAAAAACUAAGUCUGAAACGAGAAGUAGGGCUUGUUGGAGCCGUGUCCCUUAUCGGAGGGACUAUGAUUGGAUCUGGGAUCUUUAUGUCCCCACAGACAGUUCUGUCUUCCAUCGGCAGCCCUGGGGCCAGUUUGGUUGUGUGGGCAUCCUGUGGUCUCCUGGCAAUACUGGCAUCCUUCUGCUAUGCUGAGCUGGGCACCGUCAUCCGAGAAUCUGGGGGGGAGUACAUCUAUAUUCUCCGGACUUCAGGUCCUGUCGUUGCCUUCAUGUUAAUCUUCAGCUCUGUGUUGUUUGUGAGACCUGCUGGAGUUGCCGGCAUUGCACUCAGUUUUGCUCAGUAUGUUGUAGCUCCAUUCUACGCAGAGUGCCCCCCUCCAGUGUUGGUGGUGAAGUGUGUGGCUGCAGCUGCAAUAAUAGUCCUAGCUACAGUGAACUGCCUCAAUGUCCGCUUUUCAAUGUCUGUUCAAGUGUUUUUCAUGGCGGCCAAAGUUCUGGCCCUGGCCGUGAUCAUAAUUGGAGGUGUGGUGAUGCUUAUCAAUGGGCACACUGAAAACUUUGAAGACUCUUUUGAGAACACAAAUGUGGGCAUCAAUCCAAUUGGUAUUGCUUUCUACCAGGGACUAUGGUCCUAUGAUGGCUGGAACAAUCUGAAUUAUGUGACAGAAGAGCUCAAACGUCCAGAGGUGAAUCUUCCCAGAGCUGUUGUGAUCGCCAUAUCCUUGGUGACUGGUUUGUAUCUGCUGGUGAAUGUGAGCUACCUCACAGUAAUGACACCCACUGAGCUCAUGUCGUCCAAUGCAGUAGCAGUUACAUGGGGGAACAAGGUGUUAGGAAGUUGGGGCUGGAUCAUGUCUGUGGCUGCAGCUCUGUCUGCUUUUGGUUCACUGAACGGGACAUUUUUCAGCGGUGGCCGUGUGUGCUUUGUUGCUGCCAGAGAGGGACAUAUGCCAGAAAUUCUCGCUAUGGCUCACGUGCACAGACUGACGCCAUCUCCAGCGCUGAUCUUCACCACUAUCAUUUCCCUGGUGGUGCUGAUCCCUGGGGACUUCCAGAGCAUUGUCAACUACUUCAGCUUCACAGCUUGGUUUUUCUAUGCCAUCACUCUGUCUGGACUCCUGUAUCUCAAGAUUAAGAAACCAGAGCUCCCCAGGCCGUACACCGUUCCCAUCAUACUCCCUAUACUGGUCCUUAUUGCUGCGAUAUUCCUUGUGCUGGCCCCCAUCAUAGACAGUCCUCAGAUUGAAUAUCUGUAUGUGGCUUUAUUUAUCUUCAGUGGAGUUAUAGUCUAUGUGCCGUUCAUCCAUUACAAGCUGUGCCCAGGCCUGUUGACCAAGCUGACAGUGUUCCUGCAGCUGUUCCUCGAAGUCGCCCCGGCAGAAAAAAACCUGUGAUUUUGUAAACUAAAAACUAAAUAGAAGCCCAGCCUUUCACAUCUGCUGUUUUAAGUCUGUGUAGUUUGCUCCUCUUGUAUUAGACAUUACAGGUUACAUCCAAUAGCUAAUCAAUGUUACCUCCCACUUUUUCUGUCUGUAGAAAGUGCCUCAGGAAGCAUUCGUACCUUAUUUCUGUACUUGAAUGUCACAAUCUGAUAUGUACUAGUGCCUAUUUAUGCAUUGUCUACUUUGUAUUGAUUUUUUUAGUCAAACUGGAAGAGUAAAUUAUUUUGAAAUAAAUUUGUAAUUACUUCAUGUUGGUUGACCUGUUUAUCCUGACUUUCAUUUAAAGUGACAGCUUCCAUCUUUACAAGUAAUGUAUGAAUAUGAAACAUCAGCACAAGGCUUUUCCUGUCAUUGUGACACUCUAGCAAGGGAAA